AGCUCCACGUCAGUGAAUACAUUUUGAACCAGGAAGCGGAGAUAAAAUGGCUUCGAAAGACCAGGUCGAGAGUUUGACCGAGGAGGUAGUUUGUCCCAUCUGCCUGGAUUUCUUCACCGAUCCGGUGAUACUGGAGUGCGGGCACAACUUCUGCCGCUCCUGUAUCACACAGAGUUGGGACAGGGAGGCGAAAAACACCUGCCCGGAAUGUAGAGACGAGUUUGUGGACCGCACCCUCAGGGUGAAUCGGGCCUUGGCGAGACUGACUGAGAAAGCUCGAGCACUGAGCCUAAAUCUCAAAGAGAAGGAAAGUAAACUUCACUGCGAGAAACAUCAGGAAGAACUGAAGCUGUUUUGUGAAACUGACAAGAAAGUGAUUUGUCUGAUCUGUCGAGAUGGGCGGGAACACAAGUCUCACAGCUUCAUACCGAUAGAAGAAGCUGUUGAAAUUUACAAGGAUCAGGUGAAAUCAUCUUUCGAAUCUCUCACAGAAAAGAAAUCAGAGAUCGAGCAAAUGGAGCACGAACAGAAAGAGAGCAUUUCUGGAGUUCAGGAAGAGUCACACAACCUUCAGUCACAGAUCACAUCCCAGUUUGUUGAACUGCACCAGAUAUUCACUGAGAAAGAGCAGCGCUUACUUGGAGAUAUCCGGAAGGAAGAGAAAAAGAUUGUAAAAAGAAUGAAGAAAAAUCUUCAAGAGAUUCAAGAGAAUUUAAAUUCCAUUGAAGAGGAACUCUCACAGUUACAGGAACAGAUCGAUCACAAGGACGGCGUGACAUUUCUGAAGGAUGAAGCUGGUCGGGAGAGCAGUGCGAGUGUUGAUACUGAAUCGUUGUCAGUGACAGACGCUGCCCCGGCCUUUGAAACGAUCUAUCGCCCCUUUGUGUUGAGCACAAUGAUAACAGAAAUAUCUGAUGCCAUUAAGCGGUGUAGCUUUUCACCUUACGUAGCAAACGCAGCUGCCGGGAAGAUUCACUUUCACACAGGCAGCUGGAGAUGGGAGAUCCCUGAACACAACCGACAGCCACACCCCUCCCUCUGUCUCUGUCUCACCGCCUCUCAAGAAAACAGGAGCGCGUCACCUGGCCCCUCAUGUCCGGCCUCGUUCAGUAUGAACAAGGCGACUCCACCACAACUCUAACUCCUCUUUAACCACCUCUAAUGACCACUCGCAUCAACCUCCUCUUCCCACAAUCUCCACCCCACGUCCCCCCCCC